CUCAAAAGCCGGGAACAUGACGUGUCUCUCACUGACCGCCGCGACUCGUCUUUAAUGCCUCUUUCACUUGGAGCCUUUGACUUUUGACACCUCACCUCCUCCCUAUCUAAUCGUCCCUCUUCAUCUGGACGCCGUACGGAAUUUCUCGACCUCCAAAUUCAUAUGCUCCAGUACGCAAACAACCAUUAUGGAAACUGACCGAAACUGGCGCCAAAGAGCUUCGAUGGCUGGCAUAAGGACGGCGCGCCCAGGCGAGCCAACACCGAGACCUUGUAUGGUCUGCUUCGACAUUACAGCGGACGAUGUGGUUGAACUACCUUGCGGUCACAGAUGGUGCUCAUCUUGCUUAGUCCGAGCAUUCUCCAACAUCCAUUACCAGUCUCAAUGGCCAGUGAGGUGCUCCAGCGAAUGCCAUGUGCCGAUUUCCGCCGUCACCAAAUACCUGACCUCGGAUAAACUCCAGAGAUUGCAAACCCUCGUCGACGAGUUUGAGAUACCUCCCUCAGAACGACUCUACUGCUCAAACCCUCGCUGCAGCAAGUUGCUCUCUCGCAAGGAAGCGCACGACCACUCCGUAAGGUGCAAAGAAUGUCUUACUGGGACAUGUGUUGAUUGCAAAGCAACCGCGCACCCUGGACGAAGCUGUCCACCUCCAGGUCAGGAUGAGCAGCAGACGCUGAAGCUAUCUAACCUGAACAAAUGGCAACGUUGCCGCCGGUGCGGUCAGAUGUGCGAGAGAGACGGAGGCUGCCCACAUAUGGUAUGCAGAUGUAGUCAUGAGUUCUGCUAUCUCUGUUCGGGAGAUUGGAAAGACUGC